GUAGCUGAGAGCCUGUUGUAUGCCCAAUAGCUUCUUCGCAGGAGUAGCGGUUUUCAAGUGGCUGCAACUCAUCGGCCAUGCACAAAAGGUAUUUGGCUGUGGAGUUCACCUUUAAGGAGAACAACUCUUGAUGGAACAGAAUACAACCUGUUACUGCUUGACACAGAAGGAAUUGAUGCUUAUGAUCAAACGGGUACAUAUAGCACACAGAUAUUCUCCCUGGCAGUCCUUCUUUCAAGUAUGUUUGUAUAUAACCAGAUGGGAGGUAUCGAUGAAGCUGCGCAUGACCGCCUCUCUCUUGUCACUGAAAUGACUACGCAUAUUCGUGUUAGAGCCUCUGGAGGAAAGGCCAGUGCAUCUGAGCUUGGGCAGUUCUCCCCAGUCUUCGUUUGGUUGCCUAGGGAUUUUUAUUUGGAUUGGAUCGAGGACAACCGCAAAAUAACUCCGCGGGACUACCUUCAACUUGCAUUGAGGCCAGUUCAAGGUGGUGGGAAAGAUGUUGCUGCUAAAAACGAGGACUCUGUCUUUUCUCAAUAUCACUUCCACAUGUUACAUUAUCUGUUUGCCCAUACUCAGAACUUCACACUAUUUACGCCAGCAACGAUGGAGCUUAGUCUUGAAAUAAAAUAGCUCAUCUCUUUCUCACAUGUAUAUGCAACUGCUCUAUUCAGAUUACAGAAUUCACAGUGAGUUAGCUUGUGAGUUAGUUUACAGGGAAUUUGCAUGCUAUGUACUUAAAUGAAUAUAAAACUGUU